UCCCAGAAAACUCUCGCUAUGCUCCAGCUGUUGACAUUCCUGAUAGAGAAGCUGUCCCUUCUCUCCAACUUUAAACUUUUUGACUCCAAAUGGUCGGCUGAUGAGCACCAAGAGCGCGCGACGCAGCGAGUCCACUCGUCCGCCUUCAGGAGAGGAGACCUGCUGGAAGUCCCGAGAACCUUGUUUACCCACUUUGGCAUCUAUUUAGGUGACAACAAAGUCGCUCACCUGAUCCCCGACAUCCUGCCUGUAUUUACAAAUGACAAGAAGCGAAUCAGUACAGUUGUCACUAAUAAAAGGCUCAUCUUUGGCUGCAUGUAUAGGUGUGCCACGGUGCGCGUGGACACAGUGGAGGACUUUGCAUAUGGCUCCAACAUAAUAGUAAACUAUAUGGACAAGAUGAUCAAGACAGAGGCAUUCCCGAAUGAGGAUGUCGCUAAGAGAGCCGAGAAACUCAUCGGAGCAAUCCCGUACAGUCUGCUGUGGAAUAACUGUGAGCACUUUGUGACAUACUGCAGAUACGGAGCGGCAGCAAGUCAGCAAACUGAGAAGUUUUGUCAGUGCUUGAAAUCGAUCAUCCGAGACCAGCGGAGCUUUGUUGUUACAUUUCUUCUUGGGAUGAUCUCCAUCGUGCAUUUUGGCAUGGCACCUGCAACUACAUUACCCACAAUUCUUAUCCCCUUCACCCUGUGGAUGGCUGGUUAAAGGUUCUCAGCACAUAAACAUGAACUUUAAUUUGACAUAAACAGUCACUUGAAAUUUUUCAUGAUGGUGCUUCUUGUGCGCUCCAUGUUAUGCCACACAAAAUGCCCGGCAUUCAUAAGCAUGUUGUCAUUUGUAGUGCACAGCAGGCUGACAUGGCCUUGUAUUUUGACAUGCCUCAGUAAGCAGCGGUACUACACAGCUGAAGAUUUUACUCUCAUAAACUACUGAGGGCUACUGAUGCAACAGAAUGUUAAAUUUGUGUAGCAGAAAUACUGUUUUUAAUUUGUUUUUUGUCGAACAUUUACACUCACCACUCAAGUCAAUAACGGUACAUUGACUUUAAGGAAACCUUUUUUAGCCAUAAUGUGAAAUAGGUAUAUUCCAGUUUAACGCUUGAGUGCUAUAUUUAAUGCAAAUGUGCCUUUAAAAUAAAAUAAUAAAUCUGCCAUUUUGUACUUAGUUGCCAAUGUUGUAAAUAAGAUAAAUGUUUAAUAAACUUUUUAUAUGUA